GGCGGGCUGUCCAUGCCGAAGCUCGUGCAGGACUACUUCCAGGGCUCUGGCAUGUCCUUUCAGGAUCGAGUACUUCCAGUUCCCAGAGAUGGCGCAGAUCCGGAACCCGGUGCACGAGUACUUCCGCCUGGGCGCGUCGCCCGGGGGCGCCGCGGGCGGGUGGAUCGAGGAGGGCACGCUGCCCCUCGAGGAGUCCGAGGAGAGGGCUGGGUGUACCUGGGCGCCGAGCACCAAGAGCUCGCGCGCAUAG